GCGCUGCCCCCUCUCCCCCGGGCCGCGCCCCGGGGCCCCGCACUGACGGCCCAUGGCGCCGCCCGCCGCCCGCCUCGCCCUGCUCUCCGCCGCCGCGCUCACGCUGGCGGCCCGGCCCGCGCCCAGCCCCGGCCUCGGCCCCGGCCCCGGACCCGAAUGUUUCACAGCCAAUGGUGCAGAUUAUAGGGGAACGCAGAACUGGACGGCACUACAAGGCGGGAAGCCAUGUCUGUUCUGGAACGAGACUUUUCAGCAUCCAUACAACACUCUGAAAUACCCCAAUGGGGAGGGGGGCCUGGGCGAGCAUAACUAUUGCAGAAACCCUGAUGGAGAUGUGAGCCCCUGGUGCUACGUGGCAGAGCAUGAGGACGGUGUCUACUGGAAGUACUGUGAGAUACCUGCUUGCCAAAUGCCUGGAAACCUUGGCUGCUACAAGGAUCAUGGAAACCCACCUCCUUUGACUGGUGCCAGUAAAACAUCUAACAAACUUACUAUACAAACCUGCAUCAGUUUUUGUCGGAGCCAGAGGUUCAAGUUUGCUGGGAUGGAAUCAGGCUAUGCUUGCUUCUGUGGAAACAAUCCUGAUUACUGGCAAUACGGGGAGGCAGCCAGUACCGAGUGCAACAGUGUCUGCUUUGGGGAUCACACUCAGCCCUGUGGUGGUGAUGGCAGGAUCAUCCUCUUUGACACUCUUGUCGGCGCCUGUGGUGGGAAUUACUCGGCCAUGACUUCAGUCGUCUAUUCUCCUGACUUUCCUGACACCUAUGCCACAGGGAGAGUCUGCUACUGGACCAUUCGAGUUCCAGGAGCCUCCCAGAUCCACUUCACCUUCACCUUAUUUGACAUCAGGGAUUCCGCAGACAUGGUGGAGCUGCUGGACGGCUAUACCCACCGCGUCCUGGUCCGUUUCAAUGGAAGGAACCGCCCACCUUUGUCCUUUAACGUCUCUCUGGAUUUUGUCAUUUUGUAUUUCUUCUCUGAUCGCAUCAAUCAGGCCCAGGGAUUUGCUGUUUUAUACCAAGCUGUCAAGGAAGAACCGCCUCAGGAGAGGCCAACUGCCAACCAGACCCUGGCCGAGGUGAUCACGGAGCAGACCAACCUCAGCAUCAGUGCUGCCCGGUCUUCCAAAGUCCUCUACGUUAUCACCACCAGCCCCAGUCACCCACCCCAGACCGUUCCAGGAUGGACAGUGUAUGGCCUGGCAACUCUACUCAUCCUCACAGUUACAGCCAUUGUAGCAAAGAUACUUCUGCACGUCACAUUCAAAUCCCAUCGUGUUCCUACUUCAGGGGACCUUAGAGAAUGUCAUCAAUCAGGGGCAUCAGGAGAAAUCUGGAGCAUUUUUUAUGAGCCUUCUACUUCAAUUUCUAUCUUUAAGAAGAAGCUCAAGGGUCAGAGUCAACAAGAUGACCGUAAUCCUCUUGUGAGUGACUAAAAGCCCCUCCACCCCUGUGCCUAGGACAAGAGGUACCUCUGAGCUCAAGGCUGCUAGGGACUACCUCUCCCCUGGUUUCUUCUGACCGGCUCCUCCCUGCCUUUCCCUCCACCCUUCAGGAGCACCUCCUUCGAACCCAGCCUGGAAGGGGUACCCUACUGCAGGGGCAAGCGUAGCCUGGAUUCAACCUUAUUCAUCAGCUGCACUUAGGAGAGAGACUCUAGGUCCUAGGGCCCAGCCUUUCCUGCCACUCUCUCUCUCUCUAAAAAAGGAAGGGGAGUGUUAGGACAAUGAGGCUGAGAUGACAGAGGUGGUUGUGUCCAGCACUGGGCUCAGGUACAGUCUAGACAACAGUUGAGUGGCAGAUAGGUAUAGUAUGCAUUGAGUCUUGGUUGUUUCUUCUCUGUUUUGUCCACACACAUAUCACUUUCUCUCCGUCUGAACAGGGCCAGACAGGGAGAAUUCCAAGGUUCUUUUGAGGGUUGGCCUGGCUCUAUACUAUUGGGCAUUAGCACUCCAGAUCCCUAAAGAGGGCUCAUGUUCUGUGCUGACUUGAGCUUUACUCGCUGGGUGCUAGACAAGGAUGAGCUUCCUCCAUCUUUGUGGGGGGAGCCUAUGAACCGUGUCUGGUGACUCUCAUUCUCAUUAAACCUGACACCUUCCACAUACAGACUUCUUUUUUAUAACUUCUUUCAGUAGCUUGGUGAUCCCAGAAGAGCAAGCUUGAAAAGUGGUUUUAUAAAACAUCCAUUCAUUUAUUCAUGCCAUGGAUUUACUGAAAGCUUUUAUAGGUGCUCAGUAACUCCAUGUUGGAUUGGAUUUAUCUGGCCCCUGAGCAGCUCAUGGUCCUAUAGGGCCUGACCAGGCCCCCAUCUCUCCAUGUUUCUCUAAGCUGACUCUCAGUUCAGAACAGGGAGUAUAAAUCUCAUGGGCUAGCACUUAGGCAGCAUUAUGUAAGACACAGUGCCAGCAGUCUUUCCUUUAGUCAUCUCUCAUUUUAAAAGAAGAUGAAAAACACCCUGAGGUCCAUGCUCUCUGUGGCCCUCUCUGCCCCUUCUUAUGGGCACAAAAUGGGGUUAGAAAUGGCUAGGUGGGGAAAGCCAGGAUUCUGGCCCCUGGUCCUAGGCCCCCUUCCACUCAGAUGGCAGGGGCAGGGACUGAACAAAGGGCUUGGCAUAAGGGUGAGGAGGAGGGUUUGGGAACUAGAGACCCUUCAAGGAUAAGCCUCCUAAGAUUGAGAGCUGCAGCUGCAGUGGCCUCCCAGUGUGAGAAUCAGCGCCAUCUCUAAUUUAGAAGUCUCCACCAUCCAAAACCAGGCUUUGGCAGCAGCAGCUGAAAAGAGCAGCCUGUGCCUCCAGGCCUGAAGGUCAGGCCUGGACCUUUGUCAAAGUUUGACUCUCCCAAAGGUUCUUCGUCCUUGUUGUGCCUCUUGCCUCAGAGGUUCCCUCUUGGAACACUUGCCUGCCUUCCCCAAGCCCCUAAACCGCAGCCUGUUGUAGCCUUUCCUGGGGUUCUGCCACACUAGCUACAAGCCUGCUCCCAGCAAGACGGAGGGCUGUGUGGAGCCAGCCAGUUAGCAUCUGCAGAGAAAGGUCAUACUUGGCAACCAGGAGAGAUACUAGAAGCUGUCAGAGAUACUAGGGGCAUUCAGAGGAGAGAAAUGGGGCAGUAAAGUCCACAGGAGAGCAGGGGCAUUGCCCCUGUCACCUUAUGAGGGCAGAGAGUGCUCAGUUCUAUCCUCAGGCUUUGAUCUGGAAAGGGUGAUUCCCAUGCAGCAGCUGUCUGCCAACCCUGGGUCUGGAGAUAGAAGCCUGACCCAUACAAGGACCACUGGAAAUGUACUGACAUGUGUAGUCUUCCCUCCAAGAUAUUCCUGGCUUUUGUGGAAUCUCCUUUCAAACACAAGUGUCAGGUGUGUGCAAUCACAGAGGGCCCUGAACUGUGAAUAGACCCAUUCACAGCACAAAGGGAAUGUGGAAUUUGGCCUCAGGAAGGGGUUCAUCCUGCUGAGGGGCAGUUGUUCAGCUGCCUAGGCUUAUACUGAUUACUAGUUUUUGCAGGAUCCUGAAGGGCCACCAGUCCAAUCCCGCCCACCUUUCACCUCUGGUUGCAGAGUCUAAUGUCAAGCCUGUGUAUUGGCUGAGACUGUAGCUAGAACAGUCGUCUCCCAGAGAGCCCCGAAGCACUGGUGAUGCCCUAGUGCUCUCCUUCCUACUGGACCUUCCUGCUGGACUUGGCACCCUCAGUGCUGCCAGGAUCAACUUACUAUCUAGGGAGUGGGAAACCCAAACCAGUCUCAAGACAGCGUGGGAGGAGAGGACUGUAAAUUGUCCCAGGCUGAACCUCCAUAAAUACCAUGGCCACAGUCUGGCCAUGUCCUUGGUCAGAACCUGUCAGCAGCACCCCACAGAUGGUCCCCUGUGGCUAAUGUAAACACCUGAGAAAUAGAUUGUUCCAGGAGAGUAAAGGUGUAUUUCCAGGAGCACCGAAGGAGGAAGCACUUGAUCUUCUAAGAAACUACUUUAAGUGAAAGUAGGUGUUGGAAGUGAUUUGAAAGGGCUGACCCUGAGAAAAGUAAAUUACAGCUUACACAGCAGAAGCUUAUGUGAAAGAAGAAAGGGAGGGGCUUUGAAGACCACCAUGGAUGGCUGCUCCAAAAGCAAUCUUCCCAAAGUCUCUGCCUUGAGGUGACAGAAUGGAGGGGACUAGAAGCUGUUGCCUCAGGAACUGUCUGCCUUCUCACCCAUUCGCUGCUGGUACCCAUGCCUGCCUGCCUGCCUUCUCCACAUGCGCUCCAAGGGCCAGGAAUCUUGUUGCUUCCCUGGUGAAUACAUUUCAGCCAGCUGUGAACCUGGCCUCUUAACUGCACUUCACAGUAUCCUUGGUCCCUCUAGAAGGCAGACGGGACUGCUCACGGUACCCCGUGCCUCUGCCAUGUGUUCAGUCACUUGCAGACCAGAAGAGCAGGAAUGAACCCUGGAUGCCUUCCCCACUUCCGCCAUGUCAGAACAGGGUUGAGGCCUCUCUUUGGGUGUGAGCAAGGUAACCCAGUUGCUUUAACUUCUGAAGUAGGCUCUGGCUCAAGAUUCCAAUGGGCCAGAAACCCACAAAGAUCAAAGCACUAGCAAGUACAGCUGUCCCAGCCCUCAGGCCAAACGCGCAGGGCGUGCCUGGGCAAGGCCCUACCCACACAUCUAUUGUCAGCCCAAGGCAGAAGUUGGCCUGACCCAGCUCAGUGUCUGGCCAGGCCAUCCUGACAUCACGGGGCACCCAGGCCAUCACCAAGCCUCCAUGCGUCCUAGGCAAUUAAUCUUCAUGAGCACUUGUAAGUGGAUGGCUUCUGAGAUACUGUCUACUUUGUCUGUUGAGGCCACCCCAGGUCUCCCACAGAGUCAGGCCAGCUCCCCCCUCCAUAAGCCAGUCAGCUGGUAACCUCGCGGGUUUUAGAGUUCCUUUUUGGUGUUUGAUGUCUGCUUUUGUUACUACCUUGGGAAUUUUUAACCUUUUGUUUCCUCUGGUGUCUUUGUUUACCUUCCUCACUGUUCUACCUCCUGGCCAGGUCUCAGCUUAGCUGUCCUGGCAUGGGGUGUUUUUCAACCUUCCAGCCAUAGCUGCCUCCCCUCAGGCUGGAUGGCUCAGGGGUGACGGGGCCUCACUCUGCCUACAGACCCCAGGUGGGCCCAUCGCACAGGCUUUCUCUUGAUGAGUUGAAUAUACUCAACAAGACAAAAGUGGAGUAUGGAGGGAAGUCCAAGGUAAAUCUGCUUCAGAAAGGAUGUGUCUUCAGGAGCAGGUAGGGGGGGCUUUCCCUGCACACACUGGGAAGCUGAUGUCUCGGGGUUCACAAAGCAUCAAGACCUGCCAACAUCCAACUCACUUUCCCGCGGGGAUCUUGACUUUGGAUAACAAUGCUUUAUUUGUAAAUAUGCUCUUAAUAUGCAACUUUGAGAAUAAAAUAGAAACAUCGUGUAUUUUAAAAUAUAAGAUGAAGUGUGACGCACUGUACACAAUUUAAUAUAUAUUUUUAGGAUUUUGUUAUUUAAGAAAAGGAAUGUAAUGGUACUUAACUUUUACAAAAGAGAGAAAAAUGUUAUUUUUACUGUCUGGAGAAAUAAAUAUUCUCAUUGUUGUAGAAACACCAAUGGGCCCCAGAUUGUCAUUUGGAUGGGUGCAUUCUCAUUGGGAGGAACAUGUCAUAUGUUGGGAGACUGUGUGUUCUUCUUAACUCCGUGCAAAUGCCAGGCCUCAACAUUUGCCCUGAUUUCCUGCUAGUGUCUCCAGUUUCUUCAGGUCUUGUCACGGUUUUGACACACAACCGAUAAGAUCUGAAAGAGUUGGAAUUCCAAAUCAACACUCUACACCCUGGAGACAGGGGCAAGGCAAGGGGAAGACCCAGGGCUUUGCACUCAGAAAGUCCUCAGUGUGAAGUGACCUUGAAUUGGUCAAU